AUGGUCAAGGAUAAGCAAAGGGAGUUAAAAACGCUUCCUGAUAAAAUUAAAGAACUCAAGACGACACUAGAAGAAAUGGAAAGUUAUCUUUCUGAGCUAACAACAAGUGAAGCUGAGAAACGUGCACAGCUCAGCAAUGCUCGUCAAAAGGCAGAAGACGCUCGACUCUCUCUACAGCACUCGCAAAACCGGGGUAAAGUGCUCAGCAGUAUCCUCCGUUUGCGUGACUCAGGUCGUGUGGGUGGCAUCUAUGACCGUUUGGGCAGUUUAGGUGUCAUUGAUGAUAAAUAUGACGUGGCCAUUUCGACUGCUUGUCCUGCAUUGGAUAAUAUCGUGGUUGAAACAGUCGAAGCCGCUCAAGCUUGUAUUCAAUAUUUAAGAAAGAACAAUUUGGGCCGAGCAGUAUUCACAGUCUUGAAUCAACUUCGACCUCCACGAAAAGACAAGAUGAAAACACCCGAGCAUGCGCCUCGCUUAUUUGACCUGAUAGAACCCAAAGACGAAAAGUUCAUUCCUGCAUUCUAUAGCGUGCUUCAAGAUACCCUCGUUGCUCAAGAUUUGAAACAAGCAAACCGUAUCGCUUAUGGAGAGAAACGCUGGAGAGUCGUCACUCUGGAUGGAAAGCUUAUUGAAAUGUCAGGUGCUAUGUCUGGUGGUGGUAACAAGCAGCUAAAAGGUGCCAUGAGUUCAACCUUUAGAGAGGAUGGUGUUAGUGCAGAGACAGUAGCAGGCCUUGAAAAAGAACGUGAUGAACUUGAAAAAAAAUGCAAGGACAUUUCAGAAGAAAAAAGAGCGACUGAGUUGGCGUUAAAAAGAAAGAAGGAACAAUUGCCUCGUCUAGAGAUGUCAGGCGAGAAGCUGCAAAUGGACCUCAGAAGUUUGGAAGCACAGCUUGAAGAAGAAAGGAGUCGUAUGAUUGAAUUAAAGAAGCAAGUAGAGCCUAGUCCAGCUGAUCUGGAACGACAAGAAGAGAUUGAAAAUCAGAUAGAAGAGUUGGUUGCAGAGAUAGAUCAACUAAAAGAAAAGACAAAAGUCAUUGAACAGACGAUUGCUUCCUUGCACGAGCAGAUUAUGAACUCAGGUGGCAACGAAUUGCGACAACAGAAAACAUGUGUGAAUAAUAUCCGCAAGAAAAUCGAUAGUCUAAACACUCAGAUUACAAAAAACAUGGUUGCAAAGUCAAAAGCUGAAAAAGAUGUAAUAAGACUGGAAGCAUCGAUCAGAAAGAUAGAAAAAGAGGCUGAACAAUUUGAAACAAAGCUAAAGGAGUUGGAAGAGGAAGCAGAUGAGCUUUCACAGCAGAUGCACAGUAUAACGGAGGAUGUGAAUCGAACAAAGAAGCUUAUGGAAGAAAAAAAGACGGAAAUAGAAGAUGUCAGAGCACAAUUAGACGAAAAGAUUGAAAGCAUCAACAAGCUACGUCAAUCUGAGGUGGACAUCAAAAAUAAACUAGAAGAUUAUAAACGAACUCUAGUGGAUAAUCAAAAAAAGGCAGCUCAUUGGGAAGAGCAACGAUCCAAGCUAUUCCUUCAGCGUAUCACAGGUGAUGAAACAGACGAGCAGUUACAGUUACAGAUAUUCGAAGGAGAAGAUCUACAGGAACUAGCCAAAUCAAAGCAAUCAAUCAAGAUGGAAAUUGCCGAAAUAGAAGCGUUCGUACAAAGCGCCAAGCCCAAUCUUUCCGUGUUGGAAGAGUACAGACGUCGUCUUGCAGAGUAUGACGAGCGUAAGAAGGACCUUGAUAUGAUUACUUCUGAAAGGGAUACAGUCAAGAAUGAGGUAGACACACUUCGAAAGGCUCGAUUAGAUGAAUUUAUGCAAGGAUUUAAUAUCAUUUCUCAAAAGCUUAAAGAAAUGUACCAGAUGAUCACUAUGGGUGGAAAUGCCGAGCUUGAACUAGUAGAUAGUUUAGAUCCGUUCUCGGAAGGAAUUGUAUUUAGUGUAAUGCCUCCUAAAAAGAGCUGGAAGAAUAUUUCAAAUCUUUCAGGUGGUGAAAAGACACUUAGCUCUCUUUCCCUUGUGUUUGCUCUACAUCACUUCAAGCCAACGCCAUUAUAUGUCAUGGAUGAGAUUGACGCCGCUCUCGAUUUUAAGAACGUAUCGAUUGUCGCUAAUUACAUUGCUGAACGUACCAAGAAUGCACAAUUUGUGAUUAUUAGUUUAAGAAACAACAUGUUUGAGCUUGCAGAUAGACUUGUUGGCAUAUAUAAAACAAGUAACUGUACAAAGAGUAUAGCAAUUAACCCCAAUAUGAUUGCCACUUUAACCGCUAUACCCACCAACCUUGGACCAACCAAACGUAACCUUAGCAUUAAUCUCCCAUCUUCAAAAAAUGCAAGUAAAUAA